UCCAGCGGUAUCCCGGCAACCAGCAUCCGGCUGUAUCCCGGCAACCAGCGCCCGGCAACCGGCCCCGCGCUGCAUCCCGGCGCCGGGUACCAGCCCAGGCUGGAUUCCCGAGCUGGGGGUUUGCUUUCGCCACCUGGACCUUUAACCCCAAGGGGGGAGGGGUCUGGCACCCCCCUUCCCCGUCCCAGGGAGACUUGGCCCGAUCCUGAGCGUGCCCUCCCCGGGGGCAGAAUUGGGACCCGGGGCGGGUCCAGAAUCGGUACCUGAGGCCCCCCCCCCCGACUCCUGAACGACCCCCCUUCCCGGCGCCAGACGCUGCUUUGGGGUCAGUCAGAGGGGGCAGCCCCCUCCACUUCCUGUAUCAGCACCGAGCUAAAACCCUGGGGUGUCUCAGGUGUCCUGGCUCUGGGGAGACGCAGCUACCCCCCACCCCCUGCAUUUCCUGACCCUCCACAUUGCCUGGCACCCCCCCAGCACUGCAUCGAAACUCACCCCCUCUGACCUCAAAUCCAGGCUGGAUAUUUUACAGCUCCCCCCUCCCCCCGCCCCACUUCCCAGCUGCCGAGGAAAGCCUGGGGCGAACCCCGGAUAGGGAGCAGCGAGGCGCUGGUUCUUGGGGUGCUGCUGGGGUUCACCACAGCAGCAGCUGGAGGGGAGAGCUCCUGGCACUCAGAUCCCCUCAAUAUUUUUGGGGGAGGAUUUGCCUUAGCCAUCCGGGCUCGGGCUCAGACUCAGGACCCCCAAGCUGGGAGAUCGGAGCCAGCAUGGACGGCUGAGCCCUGGCGUUAGCCAGCUUGGCACCCCCACCCCGACGUGAGCCCGGACCCCCAUCCAGCUGGAUGCUCCUGAAGGUUUAUGGCUCGCUGGAACCGAAGCGUGAGCCGGGCCCCCUGACGGCGCCAUGGAGCGCCUGCUGCUCUACGCCCUGGCCCUCUGCCUGGGCCCCUCCCGCGCCCAGCUGUGCCCCCCCCGCUGCACGUGCCAGAACCUGUCCCCCUCGCUGGCCGUCCUGUGCGCCCGUGCCGGGCUGCUCUUCGUGCCCGGGCUCCUCGACCGGCGCACGGCCGAGCUGCGGCUGACGGACAACUUCAUCGCAGCCGUGCGGCGCCGGGACUUCGCCAACAUGACGCGGCUGGUGCACCUGACCCUCUCCCGCAACGCCAUCCGCCAGCUGGUGCCCUUCGCCUUCGCCGACCUGCGCGGCCUGCGGGCCCUCCACCUGGACGGCAACCGCCUGCCGGCCAUCGGGGCCCAGCAGCUCCGGGGCUUGCCCAACCUGCGCCACCUCAUUCUGGGCAACAACCAGCUGCAGGCCGUGGCGCCCGGCGCCUUCGACGACUUCGCCGGCACCCUGGAGGACCUGGACCUGUCCUACAACAACCUGGCCCGGCUGCCCUGGGAGACCAUCCGUCGCCUUAGCAACGUCAACUCCCUCAGCCUGGACCACAACCUCAUCGCCCACGUGCCCCAAGGCGUCUUCGCCGACCUGCACAAGCUGGCCCGGCUGGACAUGACCUCCAACCUGCUGAAGAAGAUCCCCCCGGACCCGCUUUUCCUCCGCCUGCCUGUCUAUGCCAAGUCGAAGGGCUCGCCCCUCUCCUCCCUGGUGCUUAGCUUCGGGGGCAACCCCUUGCACUGCAACUGCGAGCUGCUCUGGCUCCGGCGCCUGGCGCGCGAGGACGACCUGGAGACCUGCGCCUCUCCGCCCGAGCUCCUGGGCAAGUCCUUCUGGAGCGUCCCCGAGGAGGAGUUCAUCUGCCAGCCGCCCGUCAUCACCCGCCACACGGGCCGGCUGGCGGUGACGGAGGGCCAGGCGGCCACCUUGCGCUGCCGCGGGGCGGGCGACCCCGAGCCGGCGGUGCACUGGCUCUCUCCGGAGGGGAAGCUGGUGGCCAACGGCUCCCGGACGCUGGCCUACGAGAACGGCAGCCUGGAGAUCCUGGUGGCCGCCAUCCAGGACGCCGGCGCCUUCACCUGCGUGGCUUCCAACGCCGCCGGCGAGGCCACCGCCUCCGUGGAGCUGCGGGUCAGCCCCUUGCCCCAGCUCCUCAACGGCACCCGCCCCCCGGCGCCCGGGCCCUCCGAUAUCCUCACCUCGGCCAAGGCGGGCGCCGACGGCAGCUCCGCCCCGCGGGAUGCGGGGGUCCUGGCCUCCGAGCUCUCGGCGUCCUCCGCCCUCAUUCGCUGGGUCCCGCCGCGGCCCGGGCCCGGCGUCCGCAUGUACCAGAUCCAGUACAACAGCUCCUCCGACGAGACCCUGGUAUACAGGAUGAUCCCCCCGCCCAGCCGGGCCUUCCUGGUGAAGGACCUGGCGGCGGGGAGGGCCUACGACCUAUGUGUGCUGGCCGUCUACGACGACGGGCCGACGGCGCUGACGGCCACCAGGGUGGUGGGCUGCGUCCACUUCAGCACCCGGCCCGGCUCCCCGCAGUGCCGCUCCCUGCACGCCCACUUCCUGGGCGGCACCAUGAUCAUCAUCAUCGGCGGGAUCAUCGUCGCCUCCGUCCUGCUCUUCAUCAUCAUCCUCAUGAUCCGCUACAAGGCCCACGGAGGGAACAAGAAGGCCCAGGUCAGCAACGUCUAUUCCCAGACCAACGGCGGGCACCCCCCGGCCUCCUGGGCACAGGACCGGGCCGACGACAGGGCCAGGGAACUCAACGGGGUGGCCCCGAGCAAGGACUGCGAGAAGGGGCUGGCCACCCGUGGCCAAGAGGUGGGCGUGGGAGAGGCACCCUCUCCCAGGAGGAGGAAGUGGUCAAGGACUAGUCUAGACCUCCAGACCAACUGCCCCGCACCUGGCCGAGCCGAGGAACAAGCCCCCCUGGCAGCAGCGCCCCCUGUGGGCGAGAGGAGAUGGGCCAGCGAAUGGACCGAUGUGAAGAUCUGAGCAUCUCACCCAGCUGGAGCAUGGCCGAGCUGUCGGGGGCGCUCCCAGAUCCCCAUGGUCACUGGAUCCAGUGGGAACCCCCUCCCUGCCCCUCCAGGGUUCCCAUUUCACGCCCCUCACCCAGCAGCCCGGACCACCUGGGACCCUGGGAGCCGGACUGUGCCCGCUCCUCCCCCACACGGAGCGGGGCCUGUGAGGGGGUGUGCCCAGACAGGCGGGCUUUUGCCAUGGACCCCGUUUCUCCAGGGGAUGGCGCCGCCCACCCCUGCCCUGGCUCAGGGUUUGUCCUGGGCUCACGUGACUGGCCCCGUGCUGGGGCGGGAGCUCCCGCAACCCCCCCCCCCGAACCCCUGCUCUUGCCUGCAGCCCUGGCAGCUGGUUUUCUAUGACCCCCCCCCCAGUUUUCGAACGGUGUCUGUAAUUUUCUAAUAAACCCACCUGCUCCGAGUGG